AUGACCCAAACUUGCCACCCACCUACUGCAACAACAGGAAUCAUAGCUGGAUCAACAUUACAGUAUGUUCAGAAAACUGCUUUAGUCAAAUCUCUGGAUGGAGAGUUUCUGAGGAGGACUUGCUCAGCAACCACAAGUGUUGUUCGUUCAUUGGCUCAUUGCAAAGACUUGCAUGUAUUCUUUACUGAAACUAGACCAUAUAAUCAAGGAGCUCGUUUAACUGCUUAUGAAUUGAUACAUGAUUCAAUAUCAUCAACUCUGAUUUGUGAUAAUAUGGUUGCAGCAUUAAUGAAAUCAAAAAAAUUAUCUGCUGUAAUAGUUGGUGCUGAUAGAAUUGUAGCAAAUGGUGAUACUGCCAAUAAAAUUGGAACAUACCAAAUAGCUGUCUGUGCCAAACAUCACAAUGUGCCGUUUUUUGUAGCUGCUCCUAUUAGUACAAUAGAUAUGACAAUAAAAGAUGGCUCAGAUAUUCCAAUUGAGGAGAGACCACAGAAAGAAGUUACUCAUAUUCAAGGUCUUCAAAUUGCUGCUCCAGGAAGAAGACUAAUUUAAAGAACAAGAAACAUUUGCAGCCAAUACCAAAGAGGAUUUGUCAUUCCCAGCAGGUUGAUAUCCUGACUAGACUGAAGGAUAAUAGAAAAGAUAAAAGUCUGUUUCUGGUUUAUGAAGUAGACAACAAGACUGGAACUGAAUCCCAGAAAGGAAAAUUUCCAACGAUUUAUUAUUAAGAAAGGAAGAGAGUAAACUUCAUUUUCACUUUAGUAAAAGAUGAUUAG